UUCCGCAGCGUGCAGACAUAACGGCCAGUGUUAGUUUUAAUGUUGAAUGAAAUAAUAAAUAAAUAAAUAACAAAUACUAAAUACUGGCUAGCAAAACAAAAAAUAUAAAAACCUAUUUGCAUUAAUUGUGCCAGUGUUCGUUCAGUGCCUCUGUGUAUUUGUGAAUGCAAUAGAUCGCGUUGUGAGAAUUUCAUUGCAAAACGAAAAGGAAACCAAAUUGCUUGUGCAAAAGUAUCAUUGAAUACGGUUGAAAACCGCCCAAAAACGGAGAGAUACUUGUCCAGAAAUCAUUGUGGAAAUGCCUAUAAACCCAAACCCUUGAAAUCUAUAUCCAAAAUCCAUCAUAAAACCACAAAAAUCUCCUCAAAACAUCGCAUGUGUCGGUGCGGUGUUCGUUUUCUGUGCGUGUGUUAGUGUGUGCAUGUGAUCCGGCCGCCUUUUUUUCGGUCUCUUUCGUUUCGCGUCUUAUAAGCCGAGCGGCUAAACCGACAUCCCCGUCCCGUUCUGUCGGCGGGAGUUGCUCCUUUCGUUUGCUGCUCUCGUCUUUGUCUCCGGCACGUAAUCUCUUCCUCUCCUGCCCUAAUCAACCUGCUGAUCCCACCGGAGGGUUAAAGCGCACACGCAGAGGAGAGAGUGCGAGGGAGAUAGCCAUCGCGUUGGACUCCUGGCUCGAUCGAGAUUGUGCGCCUAAUUUGAAGCUGUAAUUAAUUUGGAUACCCUAAUAAAAAAAAAAACCAAGCAACAGAGAACCCGAAAAAGAUCAAGACUAAGAAACCUUAAGAAUCCCCCGCACCUUCUGUUUUUUUGGAGGGGCGCUACUUUAUUGCCCCGCGCACCGAUGACUGCGCAAUAUGGAAUUGGCGAUUUGUAAGACGGAUCUGUCCUCUACGAAAUUUAUGCUUCCUCCUGCUUUACCUGUUGCUGCCGCCAUUGGUACCUCAUCGGCGGAUACCUCGACUGUUGCCCAAUUUGAUUCCUUCCUCAACGCCAUUAACGGGCAUCUGUUUAAAUCACCACCCAGUCAUCAUAAUCUACAUCAUCAUCAUCAUCACAAUUUGGCCAGCAAUUCAUCGAUCCUGAGCCAUCAUCACAGCAAUAGUAAUAACAACAAUAGUAAUAGCGUUAACAACGCGGGACAAGUUAGCAACAUGAGGAUGAAAAAGAACCGCAAAGUCACAUUUCUAUCCAGUUUAGUUGAGGUGAUCCAAAACAUCUUCAUCAAGGAUGAACCAAUAAGUGGCUGCAAGGAUUUACCCAUCUGCAGUAUAUCGGAUAUUUCAGAUCAUGAGGCGUCAUUGGAUGUACCCACCGCCUUGCCACCCCUUACGCCCGGCACCAAUCGCAAGGUCAACGAGGUGCUCAAGGCCUCCUUUGCCUCCUGGGAAAAGGAGGUGCAAAAGUACAACAUAACCAAAGAUCCCCGUGAAUGGACGGAGGAGCACGUCAUCUACUGGUUCAAUUGGGCCAAAAAUGAGUUCUCACUGGUCUCCAUGAAUCUGGAUCCCUUCUACAAAAUGAAGGGUCGUGCCAUGGUCGAUUUGGGUAAGGAGAAAUUCUUGGCCAUAACGCCACCCUUCACCGGCGACAUACUGUGGGAGCACCUGGACAUCCUGCAGAAAGAAUGCGAAAAACCAAAUGAGGACAUUGUGCAUGGCCAUUCCUUUGAGUCGGCCACCACCGCCUCGGUCUGUGGAUCGGACCAUCAGGUGGCCGCCGCCUUCCCGCCCGAGUCAUCCGCCCAAGCAGCGCCGCUUUCCAGCAGCAACAACAACAACAACAGCAGCGUUAACAGCCGCCUUUCCAUGGAUUAUGUGACAUCCUCAGCGAGCAGUGAUAAGAGCCACUUUCACCCAGCCACGCACAAUGGCUACAGCAGCAAUGCACAUGAUCGCAGCAACAACAGCCCGCCUCCGCAGCAAUCGCAGCAGCAACAGCAGCAGCAGCAGCAACCCACUGUCAAUGGCAGUGGCGGUGGCAACAGCAGCAGCAGCGGCAACAAUAACUCCAUGCUGCCGCCCGCUGUCCAACAGGGCAACAACAAUAACAACAACAACAGCAGCAGCAACAGCAACAGCAAUAACAACAACGAAAGCAACACCAGCAGCAACACGAAUAGCAGCAACAAUGGCAGCAACAAUGCCAAUGCGGGCAGCAAUAAUAACAAUAAUAACAAUAACAACAACAAUAAUAUUAACUACAUGGCCGCAAUGGCGGCCAUCUACCAGCAACACCAGCUCAAAGAGGAGCCGGGCACCCAGAGCAGCAAUGGUAACGGGAGCAGCGGCUACGGUGGCAGCAACAGCCAGAACGAUCCCACGGAUCUCAGCAGCUACGGCCUGCCCGCUCACCUGGCCUACAGCACCAGUGGCAGUGGACCAGCAGGUGGCGGUAGCUCCGGCGGCGGCGGCGGCGGUGAUGAUAGUGAUUACCACAGCACACAGGAGCAUCAUAGCCAGGCCUCCAGUGGAGCGAAUGGCAGUGGAGCUGGCAGUGGCAACGGAAGUACGGGCAAUAGCAAUGGCUACAUGGACAGUGGGUCUGAAUUUUAUGCCUACGGACGAGGACGAUUCCACGAUGGCUAUGGCUCGGAUUUUCAGCCCUACGAUGCCCAAUCCUUUCAAGCGAUGAGCGCCCAGUCGUCGGCCAUGGAUCAGUGGGGAGCAGCGCAUGCCCAUCAGCAUCCGGCGGCGUAUAUGUCCACCCUGGGACUGGACAAGGGUCUGCUGGGUGGCUAUACAACGCAGGGUGGAGUGCCGUGCUUCACGGGCUCCGGACCCAUCCAGCUGUGGCAGUUCCUGCUGGAGCUACUGCUGGACAAGACGUGCCAGAGUUUCAUCUCAUGGACGGGCGAUGGCUGGGAGUUUAAGCUUACGGAUCCCGAUGAGGUGGCUCGUCGCUGGGGCAUAAGGAAGAACAAGCCCAAGAUGAACUAUGAGAAGCUAAGCCGAGGUCUGCGUUAUUAUUACGACAAGAACAUUAUCCAUAAGACGGCCGGCAAGCGAUAUGUCUACCGCUUUGUCUGUGAUCUCCAGAAUCUAGUUGGACACACCCCCGAGGAGCUGGUGGCCAAGUAUGAUCUUAAGAUUGAGAAAAAGGAUGUGGACUAGCGACGGGGCAGCAAUGAAGCUGCCUAAAUCGGGAGACGUUCCAGGAGACCUGCCUCUGACUCCCAGCCACGGAUUGUACUCAACCAACCGCAAAAUACUUUCGAGCGUUAUUUGUUUACCAAGCGUGAUGUUAGCCUUUAAGCAGCAGCCCCGAUCUGCGAUCUUGCUACGAGAUUAAAGUGUUCCCGACUCCAAAUCCAAGUCCACAAACCCCCUAAAUCCCACCCAUAUGUCACACCAAUUUGCUUGUAAUUAUCGUGUAAAAAUUAGACUUUUAAAUUAAUUUGAAAUUAA